AGCCAUUAUCCCGAGCACGGAAUCGUGCGGCGUGGACAAUUCACCGAUAAAUAUUGUUUACGAGGGCAGAGCUCGCAUCGAGACCUAUCCCUGGCUGGGAAUACUGUACUAUCCAUUAUAUCAGAAACGUUUAACAACAGCCGUAGUUCUGAUAACGAGGCAAAUGGUUCUUGCUUCCGCAGCAGAAAUAGAGAAGAUGCCAAAGAACAACUUCAGAAUGCUUUCCAAAGUCGUACUGGGUUGCAACUGUAGUGGUCCUACUAUUGGAGUGAGGGACUACAUCAACCACCCCGAUUAUGGCAGGCAUAGUUAUAAUGCUCUGACAAUGGUGCAAUUGGAGACCGAUGAUUUAACAAUAGAAUUGCGUCCAAUAUGUCAGCCACCCUCGCAUUUUAUGAACCCUAGAAUAUAUGCAAUGGCGCUCUCUAAUGACUGUACAAAGCCUAUUGUAAAUGUUUACAAAAUGAAAUAUGUCGGCGAUGAAGAGUGUGGACAGUACUACAGAAGGGCAGAGCUGGACAUGGGCAGCUUAUGGCCGAAAUACGCUACGUGUGCACAAGCCAUUAUGGGCAGAGAAUGUGUUUGGAGAAGUGGCACCGCUUUAGUUACGAAAACUAAUGGAAGAUGGAGACUGAUUGGUUUUGGUAUCUACGGACCUGGUUGCGGUGCCCCGGCGAGGUUCUUGGACUACGGCAUGUACGAACGCUGGGUGAGCCGCAGUGUUGCCAGGAUCGGAAGACCGGCAAUCUCACAAAUGGAUACCGAUUACAUCAUAUUACGACGCACGUUUUCAAACGUCCAAAGAUACGGCCCGUGUGAUCCAGAGGAAACCAAAACGGAGAUAUUCACUGAUACAACUCAGAUCAUGAGAGAAGGACACAAUUUUAAUGUUCGCUACAAUCUAUCUCUGUAUGCGUCAGUUGAGUACUCCUGUAUAGUUUUCCGUGCAAAAAAUGUCAGACAAAUCCAAGAUGGCGGGCCGUAUGUAAAUUCCUUUCGCAAACCAAAAAUCAGCUUAAGACGUUGGUGUUCGGGCCCCGCAGCGCUUUGCCACGACUUUCAAUACAUCGAAAUACAUUUUUACGUUGAAAUUAACUUCGAAAGCGAUAUUUUAUUCAAAGUCAGCGCCUACGGGAAGGAGGCAAAGGUUAUCGACCCUUUGAAAGCGACAUUAUUCGCCAACCAAAGAUAUUCGCAACCUCACAUUCAAAAUUAUCGAAGACUGAAACAUGAAUUGAAAGUAAAAAAGCUAGGAAGAAACAAUUUUUGGUUUUAUAAGGAAGAUUUAAAGUGAAUUAGUUUAUAAUCCAUCAGUUUUCUGUAAUCUAAUUAUAUAAUUUUGUUUCCAUCGAUUAUAGGGUUUUCUAUCAAAUGACUGACACCUUGUUUUGUAUGUUCUUUGUCUGGGUGUUAGAUAUUUAAACGUGUUAUAUUUAAUUUAGUAUGUACCUAAGUAUAUAAGUAUGGUUCCCAUAGUACAGACUAUCUUAAUUCGGGGCCAUUGGAACAUGUCUAUAAUCUAUUGCUAUUAUUAUUAAAUAAAUAUGUAAUUAAAACAAAAACUGUAAUAACACAAACAAA